UACGCACUUGAUGAGGCAAUAAAAAAUGAGCAUACAAAUUCUCCAUUGCGAUUAUUCCGACCCUUGAUAGUCACGUAUAUCAAGUCCCGCAACUGCUCGUGGGAAAUCGUUAGGCGAUUGAAUUAUUAGAUUUGGUCAUAGCAGUUGUGUCAGUGUGCUUGAAAUUUACGAAUAUUUGGUUUUCAAUGUUUUAAUUAAGUUACUAGUGUGGAACUUUCGAAUUAUAUAUUUAUUUCAUAAUCCAAUUUUUAAGAAGCUCUGCUACUAAGGAACAGAAAUACGAAGCUUCCGCAAAAAUAUUAAUAAAACGUCUGUAUUCUCUACUAGUUAUCGAAGAAGGGAAUGACAAUUGAUAGUGGAAAAAUAAUGGAAAGUUAAACCACGGCCGAACAAUUUCGCGUAAAAUUUCAAUCUCAAUAGGUACCUCUUUUUACACUCUCGCUCGCCUAGUUUUAAUCGUGAAUUUUCAUUACAUUAGGUGGAUUAAUAUUUUCUAGCUGCAUGGCCUUUUGAGACAAUUGGUCAUCAGGAGGUAAGCCAAUAAUAGAACAAUUAUUGUCACGACCAAUUAAACUUCAAAACAUUUCGUCUCAAUCGUAAUGUCUUAAAACAUGACCUUGCUUAUUGUAUUUUUCAGAAGAAAGAUAAGCAAUACAGUGGGAUAGAUUGUUCUUUGAUUUUUCUUACUCAUUACAUCCUCAUUUAUUAAAAUUUUCCUUUCUUAAUACUGAUCUUUCGGAUAGUAGAAGUAUGCGUGGAAAUUUUAAAAUGAAAUGCAGUCCAGAAAUUUUAGCCAUCUAAUGCCCUCCUGCGCUGUGAUUCUCUCUCUUCUAUUCGUGUCUCGAAGACGGUAUCAAACUUGAACUGUUUUUACAUAAUAAUCUCACGCGUUGUCACGACCCUGGCUCAGUUGGAGCUUCUGUUUGUUGCAGACAAUUCCUCUUCUGCGUGACUGGCCUAUAGGGUCAUUACCCGCAUCCUCACCCCUGUUUCCCAACUAUCACAAGAAUGCUACUAGAAUUUCACCAAGUGGACGCCUUUGCAGACGGGCCCUUCACCGGCAACCCUGCCGCCGUGUAUCGACUAGAGAUCUGGCCGUCCGACGACCUCCUCCAGAAGAUCGCCCAGGAGUACAACCCAGCAGUAACCGUCUUCGUGGCGCGGGAAGGGACCGCCUGGCGGAUCCGCUGGUUUGUGCCUCGUGAAGAGGUGAAGAUCUGCGGUCAUGGGACCCUCGCUGCCGCCCACGUGCUCUUCACUGUCUACGGGAUCGAAGGCGAUCAGUUGGAGUUCGUCAGCCACUCCGGACCGUUGCGAGUGAGUCGCGGGGCGGAUCGCCUCACUCUGGACUUCCCGGCGCUGGUCCCCAAAGCGGUCGUCGUGCCAGACCUGGAGCGGAUCUUAGGGGCACCGCCACUAGAGGUGCUAGAGGAUGGAGACUGCAAGCUCCUAGUGCAGCUGGUUUCGGAAAGGUCGGUGAGGGAGGUCGCACCAGACCUUCACGCCGUGGCCGGCCUCCCUUACCAAGGGGUGAUAGUUACCGCUGCCGGAGAAGAGGUCGACUUCGUAUCGCGCUAUUUCGCGCCCGCUGUCGGUCUCAACGAGGAUGCCGUGUGCGGCUCUGCCCACUGCAGCCUCAUUCCGUUCUGGGCCCAGCGCUUACGGAAAGAGGAGCUCAUUGCCCACCAGCUAUCACCCCGCGGAGGUCGACUUAGGUGUCGGUUCGUGAGUGACCGGGUCCACAUCUCCGGCAAGGCUGUCACUGUGCUCACGGGGCGCUUUUUGAUUUAAUCGAUUGUUGAGCGAUUUUAACCUUUCUUUCUCCCCAAGUAAGUAGCAUUUUUAAACGGAAAAUUCCUGUAUUUCAAACUUAAUUGCGAUAUUUUUCACGAUUUGGGCGAUGCACUCGCUAGGAUCAUCUCUACCUUGCCGCAAUUUUAUCUCUGUGAAAGCGCGUUUGACAGAAUCAAUACUUUAUCUCAAUUCAUCGAGAUUUUCGUUCGGUAAUACAGCGAUAAAUCGCCGUUUAUUGCAAAGUGUAUGCGAUGAAAUCGGAGUUUUUUAUCGGAUAGUAUUGCAAUAAAUUGACGUCGAUAAAAUUGCGAUGAAUUCAUCGUUCGAAUCGCAACUUAUCGCGAUUAUUGCUACUUUUGUUAUGGCUGCUACACUGAGAAAAAUCACUAAUUGAAUCAAAGAUAAUCUCGUCUAAUACCAGAGGCCGCCCGGUCGGUGCAUGCCUCACGUAUCGGAUUUUUUCAAUUUUUGGUGAUGGACCAUAUUUUGUAGGAGUGAACUUAUUGAGACGCGAUGUGACGUAGAAUAUAUAAAGCCAGUCUCUCAUUAUUCCCAUUCAACGGCUGAAAAAAUAAAUAUCGGGAUCCACCAAGAUCAAUAUGCCGGACCUUCAAAAAAUUAUUCUUUAUUGUAAAAGGACCGGGCGCGUUUUCAUUUUUUUAGCCACUUUGAAAUUUUUUCGAAGCGAUUCUAUCGGGAAAUAUUCAAUGCAAAGUCCUUGUGAUUUGAAUAGAACAUUUUACUAGUGUUAACUAACAUUAUGAUGCGCCGGUGGAUAGGUUUAGAGAACGGGGACCUCUGAACACCCACACGGGGGUGGCUCUCCGCCUCCCCCGAGAAAUUUCAAGAAAAUUGAUAGCACAUGUUUAAGUGCGCUUAUCAUCCAUUUAAACCGAGCAUGUUGGUGCGUUUACGUAGUAUACCGUCUUUGUGAUUUGUUGCCAACUUCGAUGUUUAUCCUCCUGCUUAACUUGUUAUAAAAAAAAAAAAAAAAAAAAAAAAAUGAA